UGUCCUGUUGAUGGCAGCAGCAGCCGAGGCUCCAGUAAGCAGCCGGGAGGUGUUCCUUCCGGAGAGAGGAAGGAGGUGGGGGCCUGGUUUUGCCCUGCGGCACCCAUGCAGAUGGUGAGCGUCUCUCCCAGCAAGGGUGGGUGCCGAAAAGUCCCAGUCAAACAGCCACUCUUCUGGCUUACUAACAGCAAGAAGAAACAGCAAGGAAGGCUCAGCAGAAGCAGCAAGUCCCCUAGGCAGAAGUCUAGCACCAAAACCCACAACUGUCUGCCCUACAGGACAGCAAAGACUGCACCACACCCUUCUAAGGAACUGCCAAAAAACCACACCACGUCCCCUGCUCCCCCAGAACCAUUCCAACUGGUGAAGGAGUUGAUGGUUGAUCCUAGUGCUGCAGGAGAUAGCUCACCUAUUAUACACCAUGCUCCCAAUCAGAUUGAUGACUUAGAGACACAGUGGGGUGUGGGAAGCUCUCCUCAGAGAGAUGAUCUCAAACUGCUUUGUGAACAAAAUGAAGAGGAAGUUUCUCCACAGUUGUUUACUUUCCAUGAAGCUGUGUCACAAAUGGUGGAAAUGGAAGAGCAAGUAGUAGAAGACCACAGGGCUGUCUUCCAGGAAUCUAUUAGAUGGCUGGAACAUGAAAAAGCUCUUCUUGAGAUGACAGAAGAAGUAGACUAUGAUGUGGAUUCUUAUGCUACGCAACUUGAAGCAAUUCUAGAACAAAAAAUUGAUAUUCUGACCGAACUUAGAGAUAAAGUGAAAUCUUUCCGGGCAGCUCUACAAGAGGAGGAACAGGCCAGUAAACAGAUCAACCCAAAAAGACCACAUGCCCUUUGAAAGGAGGCUUCUGCUGCUAAAGGAAUCUAUGAACCUGUACUGCUGUAGGACACAUUUGUUACAAAACCCAGUGGUUGGAAGAACUCAACUACUUGAAAAUGUAAAAAUGUUAGAAACGUCCUGUUUAUUACUCAUCUAAAUUAUAUUUUCAGUUUUGUGUGAAAUGCUCCUAUGAUGUCUAUAAAAUGCUUCUAGACCAAACAGUACAACCUUGCAGGGUUCAGAUCUGUGAAGCAAUUUGUUUAAAGUAUUUAAUUUAUUCAAAUUGUAAAUUUUAUGUUUGGAAAUAUUUGCCAUGUUUUUAAUAAUGAAGCAGAACUGUGACAAUUGAAAAGUCAUAGUAUUUCCUUUUCACUAUGUUCAGUUUUGUUAUAAAGACCAUUUGUGCAGUUUUAAAUUGUCUUUGCUCCAUGAGUACCUCACUAGUGGUUUUACAUAUCUUCUACAGAUAGUUGUGCUUAUUUCUUCCCAUUCUGUGCCUUCAUGAGGGCUACUUAAUCCUGAGUAUCCUCUUUCUGAAGCACAGUCUUAAUAAACAACAUCCAUAUUUGUCAAUAUAAAUUGCUUUUAGUGUGUAUAUAUUUUUAAUGUGUUUUGAGACUUUUUUUUUGGUGGCUAGUGCAUUUCACAGCAUGUGCCAUAUCCUUCAAACAGGAACUGCAAGAGCUGUUAGAGUGAACAUACAGCUGGACAUUCCAUCCUGCUUGUAAAAAAUCUGAAAUUUAGGUUUAUUUGAAUACCAUAAAUAAUAGUUAUAUAAUUAUAACAUUUUCUCUGUAAUUAAAAAAGAAAACACAUACAAAAAAGUAAAAUCAAACAAAAAAUACAUUGGUUGAUGUAUAACGAAGGGUAAUGUUUAAGUACUGAGGAG